AUGGAACGUAUUGAGCCCUCCAAUUUUGACCUUCUCAUCAUAGGCACAGGCCUACCGGAAUCUAUCCUCGCCGCUGCUUCCUCCGCCGCCAACAAAACUGUCCUCCAACUCGACCCCAACCCGUUGUACGGCUCUCACUAUGCCUCUCUUCCCCUCCAAGAUUUCAUAUCCUUUAUGGAGUCGCAGCAGCUCCAAUCUGAACCAUCUUCCAAUCCCCAAUUACCUCAGACUGACGAUGACUCCCAAAAUUAUGCUUGUGUGUCUGUCAUUACUCGCCCCCUCUACUCGUCACUGGAAAUCAACUCCUACUCCUCCGAGCCGCUCGAUAAUUCCAGAAAAUUCUUUCUUGAUUUGACGGGACCUCGGGUUCUGCUCUGCUCCGACCCUAUGAUUGAUUUGAUCCUCAAAACGGGCAUAAAUCAGUAUAUGGAAUUCAAGAGCGUGGAUGCUAGCUUCAUGAGUAAUGCGGAGGGAAAGUUGGGAACCGUGCCUGACUCACGGAGUGCGAUAUUUAAGGAUCGGAGUUUGUCAUUCACUGAGAAGAAUCAGUUGAUGAGGUUUUUCAAGCUAGUACAGGGGCAUUUCCUGAGUGAGAGCGAAAGUGAAGGGAGUGAUCUGAUUUCAGAGGAGGAUUUAGAGAGUCCUUUUGUGGAGUUUUUGACCAAAUUGGGACUUUCACAGAAGCUAAAAUCGAUUAUUUUGUAUGCAAUAGUGAUGGCUAAUUAUGAUCAAGACAAUAUGGAGGUCUGUAAGGAUAUUAUCAAAACAAAAGAUGGGAUAAAUUAUUUAACACUUUACCACUCGUCCGUUGGCAGGUCAAUUCCUUUCUGA